GCGCUGAUGGUUUUCCACUCGCUCCUCGCAGUUUAAAAUGGCGGCGUUGAGCAGCGCCGAGUCUCCGCCAGCCGUCUUUAACGGGGACACGGCGGACCCGGAGCCCGGCAGGGAGCGCGGCCUGGAGGGGCUGGGCGCCGCGCUGCAGUCGUCGUGCUCGGCGGGGAUCCCCGGAGGGCCGCAGGAUGAGGAGAUCUGGAAUAUAAAGCAGAUGAUAAAGUUGACACAAGAACAUUUAGAGGCUCUUCUGGAUAAGUUUGGAGGAGAACACAACCCUCCUUCCAUAUAUCUGGAGGCCUACGAGGAGUACACCAGUAAACUGGACGCCCUCCAGCAGAGAGAACAGCAGCUCCUGGAGGCCACGGGUAACGGUACCGACUUCUCCUGCUCUUCACCGAUGCCCUCAGUCCUGGAGGUCAAGAUGGGAGGAUGUGUGCUUGGAGGAGCUCAGGCAUUUCCUUCAGCUCCAAACACCUUGGCUGUCUUGCAGAUGCCCACUGAUGCCGGCAGAACCAACCCUCGCUCACCCCAGAAGCCCAUCGUCAGGGUCUUCCUGCCCAACAAACAGAGGACAGUGGUUCCUGCCCGCUGUGGGAUGACGGUGAGGGACUCGCUGAAGAAGGCUCUGAUGAUGAGGGGUCUGAUCCCAGAGUGCUGCGGCGUCUACAGGAUACAAGACGGGGAGAAGAAGCCCAUUGGCUGGGACACAGACAUCUCCUGGCUGACAGGAGAGGAACUGCAUGUGGAAGUCUUGGAGAAUGUGCCGCUGACCACACACAACUUUGUGAGGAAGACCUUCUUCACCCUGGCCUUCUGUGACUUCUGCAGAAAGCUGCUGUUCCAGGGUUUCCGCUGUCAGACGUGUGGCUACAAGUUCCACCAGCGCUGCAGCACUGAGGUUCCUCUUAUGUGUGUCAACUACGACCAGCUGGACUUGUUGCUGGUGUCCAAGUUCUUUGAGCAUCACCCGCUCACCCAGGAGGAGGUCUCUUCAGAGGGAACCACCCCCGUGUCCGAAGCCUGCCCGUCACUGCCCCCGUCCGAGUCCACAGGGUUGCUGUGUCACGCUACUGUGUCUCCAUCGAAGUCCAUACCCAUCCCGCCGGGUUUACGGCCCAGCGAGGAGGACCACCGUAACCAGUUUGGCCAACGUGACCGUUCCUCCUCUGCCCCCAAUGUCCACAUCAACACCAUUGAGCCAGUCAACAUUGAUGACCUGAUUCGAGACCAUGGCCUACAGAGGUCGGAUGGAGCCCCCCCGAGCCACCCCGCCCGCUGCUUGAGGAAGCAUCGAACACGGACCUCGAGCCCCCUCCUAUACUCCUACCCCAAUGACAUAGUCUUUGAUUUUGAGCCUGAAGCUGUUUACCGAGGAUCCAUCACAGGGCUGUCGGCCACGCCGCCCGCCUCCUUGCCGGGCUCCCUGACGAAUGUAAAGGUUCCACAGAAGUCACCGUGCCAACAGAGGGAGCGCAAAUCGUCGUCCUCAUCUGAGGAUCGAAGUAAGAUGAAAACCCUGGGAAGAAGAGACUCCAGUGACGACUGGGAAAUCCCAGAGGGUCAGAUCACUCUGGGCCAGAGGAUAGGCUCUGGAUCCUUCGGAACAGUUUUCAAGGGAAAGUGGCACGGCGACGUGGCGGUCAAGAUGUUGAACGUCACCGCUCCCACACCUCAGCAACUUCAGGCCUUCAAGAAUGAAGUGGGAGUUCUCAGGAAAACACGUCAUGUGAACAUCCUGCUCUUCAUGGGCUACACCACUAAGCCUCAGUUGGCCAUUGUGACCCAGUGGUGUGAAGGCUCCAGUCUCUACCACCAUCUGCACAUCAUCGAGACCAAGUUUGAGAUGAUCAAGCUGAUUGACAUCGCCCGGCAGACCGCUCAGGGCAUGGAUUACCUACAUGCCAAAUCAAUCAUUCACAGGGACCUGAAGAGCAACAACAUUUUCCUCCAUGAGGAUCUAACAGUGAAGAUUGGUGACUUUGGCCUGGCCACAGUCAAAUCCCGCUGGAGUGGUUCACAUCAGUUUGAACAGUUGUCUGGCUCCAUUCUGUGGAUGGCCCCUGAGGUGAUCCGGCUGCAGGACAAAAAUCCUUACAGCUUCCAGUCAGACGUCUACGCCUUCGGCAUCGUGCUGUAUGAACUCAUGUCGGGAGCGCUGCCCUACUCCAACAUUAACAACAGAGAUCAGAUCAUAUUCAUGGUGGGUCGAGGUUACUUGUCCCCUGACCUCAGUAAGGUGCGCAGUAACUGUCCGAAGGCCAUGAAGAGGUUGAUGGCCGAGUGUCUAAAGAAGAAGAGGGAGGAGCGCCCCCUUUUCCCUCAGAUCUUGGCAUCCAUUGAGCUACUGGCUCGCUCAUUACCCAAAAUCCACCGCAGCGCCUCAGAACCUUCUUUAAACCGAGCCGGCUUUCAGACCGAGGAUUUCAGCUUGUAUGCCUGCGCCUCACCCAAAACACCUAUCCAGGCAGGCGGCUAUGGGGAGUUUUCAGCAUUUAAGUAAGUGCGGCAGAACUCAGCAGUCCGUCCCUCCUCACUCCUCCAAAGUCUGGUGGCCCCGCUGCCGUGGAUUCACUCUGAGAACGUGCCACUUCCGUCUUCUCUCCGCCUGAUCCAGGCCCGAGUCCUUCCACACCGUUCAGCAGACGCAGCGACCAGCAAACCUAAAAAUAAACCCACAGCCACCAAACCAGCUUUGAGGAGGAGAGUGAGAGUCCACGCCUGCUGGGAGGCUGCAGCCAGGAGAUGGAGGUCUCCGCUGGAUGCCAUCCGGACCCGCAGAACUGCACUUUAACCAGAGGUGAAAGGGGAACAGGAAGUGACCUUCCAUCGGCUUCCUCAGCACGGUUAACCCCAAAGGAAGAUGACUUGAAAGCUAGCGCUAUUUUUUACUUCUCAUUUUGUUUUUUGCUCGUCUUUUUUUCCUUUGAAGAGGCAGUUUUGUGAGCAGUGGGUGCAUUUUUCUCCUUCACUCUUUUUUUUGGGGGGGGGGGGGUGCGAUCCCGCUGUCUUGCCAUCUCGCGAGCAGCAGUCAGAAGCGUUCUUUUUCCUGAUGGAUAUUUUGCUCUCCAGCUUCACGACGCCUUUCAGAAAGCUCCACUUUUCCGCUGCUGCUUCUCACCUUUCUGCUUUGCUAAGAGAAGCUGCGCCUCGUGGUCGGGCGCGGCGCCGAGCGCAGUGCCGGCCGAGCUCAGUGUGUGUACAGUAUCAGCUGCUGCUCUUCAUUUGCACCGACGAGCACUUCGGCUUCUUUGUUUGUUUGUUUGUUUUUGCAUUGCUCGCGUACGCCGCGGCGUUUCCUGCUGAACAGACUGAAGGAUCUGUGGGGGGUGUGGCGUUUUCUUCCCCGUCAUUCCUGCGUGUGUGACUACAGGUUAUUUUUAUCGUCGUUUGCCUUUUUUCUGCACAGGCAGGCCUGCAGAUAUUAUUUAUGUAAACUGAGUUUUGUGGAUUCUUUUUCUUUUGAUGCUUGUGACUCGUGUUCUUGCACUUUGUAGCGAUGGAUUGAAGCAAAUGAGCAACUUGCCUUUUAUUGUUGUUGUUGUUGUUGUUAACUUGUGACACGAUUUCAUGCUGAGCCGAUGACCCAAAAAGUAUUUAUUUUAUUAUUUUCUUCUUCGUCCCUUCUGAAGAGACUGAACUGUGAACUUUGAGGGUUAAACGGUCGCUGCACUUUUUCUCAGAUUUCCUAUGAAACAAAAAUUCAAAAAAAAAAAUCAGGACCUGUUUUUGAUGCCUGUCCUGCUCAGAACAGUGAUAGAGGUCUUGUUCUUUUAGUUUGUUUGUUUUGUUUUGUUUUUUUGUUUUGUUUUGUUUUGGGGGGGUUAUGUCACGAUCAUAGAACGUGACUCAAACGUGUGUAAUUUUCUUUCCCACCAGCAGAGGGCAGGAUCAUCCAGUCACGAAUGGCGCUUUUCCCCUGCAACAGGAAACUGCACUUGGCUUUAAUAAUGGUUCCAGUUAAAUUUUCUACCAGCUGAAACUGUACCAACACUUUCCGGUUCCUUUUCCAGAAAGACCGUCCAUCAGCUCGACCAGCGUCACACUGUGCGGCUGAUUAUCACACAUUGAAUCCUGAUUCUGUCACUUUAUUUUUGUGCGGCGCUGUUCCAUGCCGCGAUGGCACUGUACUUCCCUCAUGGAGCGAACAGUCCAGAUGGCGGCUUGGCUUUGUGGAGGUCACCUGUCUGAAUUGGUUUUGUUGGUGAGAAAAAAAAUACCGCCCCUGCAGGGCGAGCAGUCAGCAGUGCAGCCCCGCCCCCUAGACCCGGAUAGGUGUGGUUAGUACUACGUAUCAAACAGUCCAGAAUCUGGAAGUAAACCUGCCGUUGGUUCCUGUAGCUUCUGGUAGUGUUGUAGGACUAGCUUCCAGUUGGGACUGUUGCAGCGGAAAAGAACCUGGGUGUCUGUUACCAUCAGGUACCCCCCCGAGUCCCAAAACAAACUGAAUGUGUUGUUCCAGGCCCCGUCCAUCCUGCAGGAGACUGGUUCAUUAGUGUUUUUUUUUUGUUUUUUUUUAUUGGUGCUCAUCCAGCCAGUCCAAUACUCCGUUCAGUUGUUGUUUUUGUAGAUGUGACCUCUGACAGCAGAGGGGUGGAGGUCAUGUGAUCACUUCCUCUGAAUGCAAACUCCAAACAACUGGGUGGAUGAUUUCAUCCGUACUUUGUGUUGAGUUGGUUCUUGAGUCAGGAACAGGGUGAAGAUCCAGACCUGUUGUCUGUUCACUGAUCACUAGCUGUAGCUGAGUUAGCAGAGCAGUCUGUCUGUUAAACAAAAGGUUGAUUGGUUCCAUCCUACUGCUGACUGCGGAUGUCCUCAAGCAAGACACUGAACCCAAAAAUGGGAUGAUGUUUGUGUCUGUCACCUAUGUCUCUGGGUCCUUGACCUUUUGAGAUCCAGAGAUGCCUGGAAAGAUCUUAUGGAGUCAUGAGGUCUCUGUUCAGAGGGGUUUGGUGAUGCUGAUAUUUUUGCAGGAGACUGAAAGUCCAAGUCUUUAGGGUCCUUCUUGAUGCUUACUGUGCUGUUUUCUGACUUUGACUCUAACCUGUGUCUGGGCCAGGUUGUAUCCAGUGAACGGUUACUUAGUGAGACUCGUAUGAGGAGGAUUACUGACACUGAGGGAACAUCAGACACCACAGUUAGUCCAUGUGGGGAGUUUCUCUGGACACGAUUCAGGACACAGGUGUCUGUGUUGAUGACCUCAGAGAUGAGAGAAGGUCAAAGACACGCCCACAUUUCACCUGGCUGCAACAGGUAGAUGAUUAUUUUUGAGAGUUGUAGAUGGACCUGUUGUUUGUCUGGUUGAUUGUCAUCCAGCACCUGAGGUGGCUCUCUGGUGUGGUUUGGCCACAGUCGGCACCAGUGCGUGCUCCUCUAACGUCCUAACCUUAUGAUGUCAUCACAGUCUGAUCCUGAAUGUAGAGGUCAUCAAGGUCGACCAUUACUGGCGGCGGCUUGGUUCGCUUAGUGCCUUAAUGGAACAAUGUGCACCGUUUGGGGACACCAAAGGCCACUGCAGAUUGAACCACAUCAUCACGUUCAUCCUGUCCAUCACUGGCCCCUCAGCAGCCCUACGUCCAGUUCAUGUGUGUGUGACCGGCCCGCUGUCACGUCGUCAUGUGACUGGUCUGCUGCCGUUGGUCUGUGACAUUCCAUAGGCCAUACAGGCAGCUGCGUAGGAAGCCACCUGCUUGAGGGGUGCUGCUGCAAACCCUCCAAAAACAUUAAAACAACACCGCCCUCAUUAUUAACACUUGUCCGAUUGUCCAGGACCAGUUAGAAAAUGUGACCAGAUCCUUUCGAACCUUCAUCGAACUGGACAAGCCCAGUUUUUCUGUCUAAAGUGGUCAAAACAUUUAUUUUUUCACAUCAGUGCGUGCACAUUGUGGAUGCACUCAGUCUGUGAAAAACAGCCUGAUGGGGGCGCUGUGGAGUGCAGCUUUUCCUCAAAAGCCACGCUGAUAAAUCCACUGUUUUCCCUGUUGAUGAAGAGAUCAAAGUAGUUCCAAUCAGAACCCAUCUGAUGAAGGUGUUUUUAAGGAGUCGGUUCAUUCACUUAAAAAGUGUGUGUUCUUUCUGUGCGGGGCGUCGACACACAGCUGUGUGUGUGUGUGUGUGUGUGUGUGUGUGUGUGUGUGUGUGUGUGUGUGUGUGUGUGUGUGUGUGUGUGUGUGAGAGAGAGAGAGAGAGUGAUCACACUGCUUCACUUUAAAUACAAAAUGAGUCCAUUUAAGAUCAUCUGUUUGAGAGCCUGGACUCCAUAAGAACAGACAGGACUCUGUCUGCAGCUGCACACACUCUCUGUAGGCCUCUGUUGUAGGGGCGGGGCCACAAUAAUCUCACCUGCGGCACCAAAAUGUCUCGAGUCGGCUCUGCCUCGGUGUGUUACUUUGGGUAACUUUGUGUCAAAUAUCAAAGGAGACUCGUCGGAGAAGAAGUACUUCAGGAGACGUACUUAAGCCCCUUUCACUCCGGGUCUACUUCGAGUCCUGACGACACCAAGUUGAUGCAGCCUAACGCCACAACACCGUGAGGCAGGCAAAGGGCGAAGUGAAACGGACGCCAAAAAUGAAGCAUGUUUAAUUUUUUCUGCGUCGAGCACAGGACGCAGGAAGGAAGUAGCUUUCUCCCAAGUUGAGGUAACUUAACGGUACUUAACGUGACUGGAAGCCACACCCACACAAUAUAACGCUACCUGACACCAGUUUAUGACGCAGGCUGUGCGCCGUUGUUGCCGAGCUAUAAAUCACCCGCGCGUCAUUAGAUACGCAGCGUAUGCAUCUUGCAGCGGGCCCAGUGUGAAGGGGGCUUUAGGGAGAAGUCCCGCUUGCGUUGUGGAAGACGGUGGCGUCAGUGUUUGUGUGGGUGUUGUCCAGUGUGUCUCGGUCCACGUCUCACCUGGCUCCAGCAGGUAGGUGGACAUGAACCAGUCUGCCCAGGUGUUUCCCUUCCUGGAUGCAGUACAGCAUCAGCUCGUGCUUCCAGACCCGACCCGGCUGAUGAAUGUAUAGCCGCAGCGUCUGCGUGUCCUCCCGUGGACUGUUGUCUGAACAGUGUUCGAUUGAUCGAUGAUUUGAUGCUCUUGCUCCCACCUGGCUUUGUGUCUGAUUCCAUUGUCUUCUGAAACGUUCCCUCCUGUCCAGAUGCCCCGCCCUCUCACAUUUCUCACCUGUAAAUAUUUGUACAGAGGAGAUUCUGUUUGCUCGGAGGCAUGGAGACAACAAAUGUAUCAAAUUACCAAAUGUUAAAAAUAGAAACACUUUUUGAUAGGCAGACUAAGUGGUGUAAAAAUAUUUGAGUGUAUCAUAAAGACGGCGCGUCAUGUAUUUGUUGUCGAUCUGAAAAACUGCUAUAAAGAAGAAGUGCAUGAAAAGUGCA